AUGCCAUGGUUCGUACCGGUCGGGUCCUGGACACUGACGCCCACGGGCCCUGUGGUACAAGUACAAGAACCUCUGGUGCCAGAUCCCUUGAAGCUGUAUGCAGACAUGAGUGGACGGCAGCUGAUUGUGACGGCCAAUAACAACUGGCCAUUCUUUGGUCUCAAGAAGCUUGGGGAUGGAGAAGUGGAGGCAGAAACUGGCAUUGACAUCCAGAUUAUGAACACUUUAGGCCAGUUCCUCAACUUUACGUACCAUGUUGUGUCCCCGGCAGACGGUCAGUGGGGUGGUCCUCUCCCUGAUGGUACAGUAUCAGGGCUCAUAGGCCAGGUGGCUCGCCGGGAGGCACACGUGGCCAUCUGUGAGAUCACCGUCACAGAGUCCCGUGAGACUGUGGUGGACUUCACGUUUCCUUACUACCUGGAGAGUAUGACUCUGGCAUCCCGCACCCCAGCUGAGAAAACCAGGGCCUUUGCUGUCUUCUCUCCCUUUACCCUGAAGGUUUGGCUGUGCAUCACAGUGUCGACGGUGGCUAUUGGUCCCCUCAUGAGUCUGUUGGGGUUGAUGCUGUGCGUGAGUGGGCAUCCCCACUACCAGUUGCGCGACUACUCCUUCAACAUGUUCCGUAACAUGGUGACACAGGGUAACCUCCUCACCACCCCACACUGGCCACUGAGACUCAUGUUUUUCUUCUGGUACCUCUUUUGCUUCUACAUCUGUGUGCUCUACUCUGGAACACUGACAGCGGUACUGGUGAUGCCGGCCUAUGAGAAGCCUAUUGAUAACUUGGAGAACCUGGCUGGUGCCGUGGCUGAUGGAUUCGAUAUUGGCACUGUUGGGUCUACCAAUGUUGAGUUCGUGUUUAAGGAGGCCACAGGAGGCAUCUACAAGGAGGUGUGGGGGCUGUUCAAUCACAAGGAUCGAUCAAAAAGUUUCUUUGAUACACCUGACAUGGGCUUUGACCAAAUUCUGAAGGCAAAGUUUGUGAUGCUGAACCCUCGGUUGAACUCUGAGGUACGGGCUGCCAAGCGUGGACGACACAAAUUCUACUUGGGUCGUCAGUCCUACUACCCACAAAACUAUGGAAUAGCCUGUAACAAGGGUGCACCCUUCAUACCUAAUUUCAAUAAAAUGUUGAUGCGUAUAUCACAAGCUGGACUCAUCUUCCAUUGGAAAGAACAGGAGAUACAGAGGGUAGCUACCUCUACCCAGGACUCAGAUACUGACAAGGGGCCUUCAGCCAUCACCCUCAAGCAUCUGCAGGCAGCCUUCUUUAUCCUGGUGAUGGGGUUCUUGGUGGCCGCAGUAGUGUUUGGGCUAGAACACGCUGCCAGCGUGUUGGUGUUGUCCAAGAUGAGUGAGUUGGCCGAGUCUCAUAGUAACAGCCUCUAGUUGUCCAAAGAGACUGACAGGUUAGCUCUACCUCUCACAUUACAGUAUUUCAUAUUCCCUUUUCACACUUAUAUUUUCAUGUAAAAAUAUAAAUAUUCCUCGUUCACUCAAUGUUCCUGUAAAUGUUAGGUUGUGUAUGAUAUUUUCCAGCUGAAAGAGAGGCUCAGACAGGUUUAUCCUCCUUAAAAUAUCUACCACGAUGUGUUGCAUUUUUUAUCAAAAUACAAAAGAUUGGCUUAAGAAACUAAAUGUGACACACUGUUUACCACAUUGUAUAAACAGCCUGUUUGUGGUAUGAAUUCUUCUUGUAAAAUAUUGAUGCAAAAUAUAACAUUACUUAAUCCUAGAGUUAAGCAACACUUCCCCUUACAAUGUGUAAAUAACCUAAUGUUAUACUUUACUUUAUCCUUGACCAACACUGGAACAGUUUUCAAUAUAUUCAGGAGCCACAGUACAUUCUCAGUACUUGGCAACAGUGCGUAACCGAGACGUGACAGAUCACCCAAGCGGCUAACGAGCCGAUCAGUGGCAAAGAGGAUAAAAGUAAAAGUAAAGUGUUUUAAAAUUGUCUAGUAAUUAAACAGUUAAUUAGAUUAGCUCAGCUGAAAUUAGUGUUGAUGUUGAUUUUAAGUUGUGUUCAUAUUAUUGUCAUCAACUUUGUCUGAAUAAUCUUUAAUUACCCUGCAAGUGCUACAAGAGGAUGGUGUUGUAUGUGAAGUUUCAGUAGAGUUUAUUGAUAGCACUGGUAACCAUUUACUGUACUAAUUGAGACAUACCCUAUAGUUGCAGUCCGUACUGUACUGUUUGUUCUAUUGAAUAGUUAAUUGUAUGUGGCUAUUGAUUAACACUUAAGAGUAUGAGGGCCUGAGCUGCCACCAUUUAUGAGGGCUGCUACUGCCACCAUUUAUGAGGGCCUCUGUG